AUGAUAGCGGCGCUGGGCGACGAUGCGGAGCCGCCUGCUUUGGAGCCUCCGACUUUCGAGGGCGCGGAGGCGACCGCAAAUCCUCGGAGAGGAGAGAUGACGUCGUUAGAAAGAGAUGGAACGCUGUCGCUGGAGACAGAAGUGAAACUGCCGGCGGAAGGACGGUCUCCGCCCUCCACAUACGACUUUUCUUCUGCCUCUUCCGCCUUUCAAAAGUGGGCAAGCGACAUGGGAGCACCUAGAAAGAAAGUGCGAGACCUGCUGGUCGUGAAGGGAGAGAGAGAAGGAAAAGGGGCCCGAAGGGGGGAGGGCAAUGCAACCGACGAGAUUGCAGCAGACGAAGGGAAUGAGAUAGAAGAGGUGAUUCUCCCCCCGCUCUCGAAAUUUCUCGAGAACGAACACUACACUGCGGUAGCCCAGGUUCUCAAUGGCAUGCAAGACAGAUACGAGCACUACCUCAGCGCGACUGUGUUGGAAGAGACUCGGGCGUUCCUUGACAAGGUGAAAGACCUCCGGAGCUCCCACAUCGAACGGUUUAACAAAGUCGUCGGCAGCAAUCAAUUUGCGUACCUUCGUCCCCUACGGUACUCUCGACUGCCACGCCCUACUAGAGAGGAGUUGCGCGGUCUGUACCCUGAGCACAACGCAGUGGCUGAGCAGCACUGGCAAAAUGCGUGGGGAAACCACUUCGCGUCGGGAGAAGUUGUGAAAAUCAAGAGACUCAACAUGAUCAACUACGGCUUCGCAAGCGCCACGUACGCCGUCAAGCGCGUUUUCCCGUACAAACUCGACCCCGACGAUCGCCAGUCACGGACCCUUGAUCACGACGGAGCCCUCAAGGUGUUUCUUGUGAAGCGAAAUCGAAUUGAAACGGAACUCGCCGAAGAACUCCUCCUCCACCAGACACGCGCCUGGCGCUUCUUCCCUCCCGAACGAGCAGAGCAACUGGCCGCAACGGAAGGCCUCCUGAUUCCUGUGUCUCUGGUCAAGCUCGUGGACGACGACGAGGAGAUCAGCCGGACGGAAGAUAGGAUCGACGACCUGUUGGGACCCAAGGGGGACGUCCUCAAUGCUUUCCUCCUCUACCCGCGUUCCUACGCAUGCAGCCUCAAAUUCUUCCUCAUCUCUUGGGGACGAACCGACCUCUUAAUCAAGACAGCACCCAUGAAAGCGAUGAUCUCCAUCAGCAUUCAAAUGGUCUACGCGGUCGCGUCGCUCCACAGCUACGGCUUAGUGCACGGACACAUUCGGCCGAGCAGCUUCGUCAUGACGGCAGACGGCAAGGUCUUGUUGACAGAUUUCCACACGACCGUCGAAGAAGGCUCCAAGCUUAGCUGCUUCCACAAAACCGUUCCAUCAGAUGCAGACUUAAACUCGUCUCCUGAGGAGCUGGAAUGCACACAUCACGGUCCAGGCCAGGAGUUCGAGGCGUCCUUCGCCUUGGACGCUUGGCGUCUCGGAGUGAGUCUGUACAAACUCUGGUGUCGGGAAUCCUGGCGUGAACCAAAAGCAGACGAGCCGUGGGCAGAGCAUCUGAGCACGAGGCAAGUCGCCUUUCUCAAAGCCCAGAAGCGCGGUCGCACCACGCGCUCGCGCCUGGACCUCGAACACUGCAGAACGGACACGCCCUCCUUCAUUCUUCGCCUCAUCCAGCAAUUCCUUGAACCUAACCCAGAUGCCCGCCUCACGCCUACCGAUGCUGUCAAGGGAACCGGACUCUUUCGGCACAUGGAGAGGAGGAUGCAAGUCGUCCACGAGAUUCGCGAGACCAUGAUGCGGCAGCGCAGCGCCGAGCUCUAG